AUGUCAAUAACCUAUGGGAGCAUCAGCUCCGACGGGUCAACAAAAUCGGAGAAGAUCAUCAAAGAUGUUACAGAGGUAACUACCUCAUGCACCUACUACCCCCAACGGGUCUUUUGUCUGCGGCCAAGUUCACAGAGCCGGCGCUCACUCUUAUGGAGAAGGCUUCCGGUCGAGGACAUAAGAUCUCGUGGCUUAAUCCAGGGCGAUUCCGUUUUCGCUGGACAUCCUCUAGGCGAAAACUCUGCACUUGCUGGUUUGGCUGAGGUCAUGCCAAUUGAGUUUUGGUCUCCGUCGUCUUCUACCGUGGUUUGA